UCGUCACACGGUAGCAGUCCUUCGCAAAACAAAGCCACAGCUGCCGCUGAGGCCACACAAUCCACGCCGCCUCCCCCCCCUUCUUCUUUCUUAACUCUCUCUUUUCUCCUUUGCAGCCAGAAACUUGGUUGGGUAGUGAUAAUUGGACGUUCUUAUGCUUUUCCGGAGAGCAGUCUGGUGGCGUUUCUAAUUUCAUGAUUUAAUUUUGGACUAGAUGGCAGCAAGAUUGAAGCAAUUGCAGUCCAAGGCAAGCCAAGCUACACAAUUUGUGUCCAAGCACGGUUGUGCUUACUACAAGCAGUUGGUGGAAGAGAACAAGCAGUACAUUCAGCAACCACCUACUGUGGAGAAGUGCAAUGAGUUGUCCAAGCAACUGUUCUACACUCGUCUUGCCAGUAUCCCUAGUCGCUAUGAAUCUUUCUGGAAGGAAGUUGAUUACGUCAAGCAUUUGUGGAAGAACAGGCACGAGUUGAAGGUUGAGGAUGCUGGCAUCGCUGCUUUGUUUGGCAUUGAAUGCUUUGCGUGGUUUUGUGCUGGUGAGAUUGUGGGAAGGGGUUUUACAUUCACUGGCUACUAUGUUUGAAAACCAGCAGAGGGGUAUAACAUUAAUCCAGGAAGCUGACUCUAUGAUCCCUUUGUCAUAAUUAAGUUUGAAUUGAGCCACCAUCGUUUUACAUGCAAGAUUUUUGUUUCCUGCAAAAAGUUUUGAAGCUGAGAAAUCAGUGGUCAAAUUUAUUGCCGCAAUAAUCUGUGAAUUUGAUACUUUAGUUCCUUCUCCAGUUUGAAUGGAUAGAGUAGUGAAAUUUGUAAUAGAGUUUUUGGUUGGAAGGUACUCCUACUCGUCAUCGUGAUGGAUGUUGUUUUGACCAAAAACUACUGCUGCUCAGUUAUCAAUUAGGCAUGCACGGUGCCAAGGUCAUAUGAUUUGCGCAGUGUCUGGCAAAUAUGCACAUA